AUGAUUCUCGAAGGCAAAGUCCCUGGCCAACCACAAGCUUUGUCGAUGCCCAAUUUGACAUGGAGUGAUAGUCUAGAGCAAGAAGCAAGGCGUCAAGCGGAAAUGUGCGAAUCAGCUGCGAAAUGGUUGCCCGGGGAGGUACGAGCAGUAUCCAGAGUGGGCGAACUUGAGUAA